AAACAAACCGACAACACAAAGAACGGGAAAAGAGCGGCCCGACAGCGGUAGGGGAGAUGCGGUCCGGCCGGUAGCAGCGAGGACCAGUCCGCCACACAAAAGCGCACCGCACCUCCGGGCAGCCGCCUGAGCCGCCCGCGCGAGCAGCCCUUCCCCGCCGGGGCGGCAGCUCCGCCCUGCGCCGGGAGAGCCGCCGGCAGCAAUAAAAGUUUGCAGAAGGAGAGAAAACUGCCGGCGGGGAUCUCCGCCGGAGCGCGCACCGGCGCCGGCGGAGGGGCUUUCCCUCCCUCUCUCCCUCCUCCUCCCGCUCCUCCUCGCCCACCAUCGCACGGGGCUCGCCGCCCGCCAGAGCCCGCGGAGCGGCGGCACUCCGGAGAGCCGGUCGGCGCCACCCGCUGACCGCCCCCGGGGGAUGUGGCAGCGGCCCCUGCACGCCGCGGACGCCGCCGCCGUCGCCGCCGCGCCCCGCUGCUGUCGGCGGUGCCCCGCCAGCUUCGGGGCGGCAGGGCCGGGGCGUCCCUGCCCGCCACCGCCGCGCCUGCAGCGCUGAUCCCUGCUGCUCCGGCCUCCAGCGCCCCCUGAAGCGGCGUGGAUGAUCCGUGACCUGAGCAAGAUGUACCCGCAGACCCGGCACCCGGCUCCUCACCAGCCAGCGCAGCCUUUUAAAUUCACCAUUUCCGAGUCCUGCGAUCGGAUUAAGGAGGAGUUUCAGUUCUUGCAGGCUCAGUACCACAGUUUAAAGCUAGAAUGUGAAAAACUGGCCAGUGAGAAGACAGAGAUGCAGCGACAUUAUGUCAUGUAUUACGAGAUGUCAUAUGGACUGAAUAUAGAGAUGCAUAAACAGGCAGAAAUUGUCAAGAGACUGAACGCUAUAUGUGCCCAAGUCAUUCCCUUCCUGUCCCAAGAGCACCAGCAGCAAGUGGUGCAGGCUGUGGAGCGUGCCAAGCAAGUGACCAUGGCAGAACUGAACGCAAUCAUUGGGCAGCAACAACUCCAGGCCCAGCAUUUGUCACAUGGACAUGGUCUUCCUGUGCCGCUCACUCCGCACCCCUCAGGCUUGCAGCCUCCAGCCAUCCCACCCAUUGGCAGCAGUGCUGGUCUUCUGGCAUUGUCCAGUGCACUGGGGGGGCAGUCCCACCUCCCAAUUAAAGAUGAGAAGAAGCACCAUGAUAACGAUCACCAAAGAGACAGAGACUCCAUCAAGAGCUCUUCGGUAUCUCCCUCAGCCAGUUUCAGAACAGCAGAAAAGCACAGAAAUUCAACAGAUUAUUCUACAGAUAGUAAAAAACAGAAAACAGAAGAGAAGGAAAUAGCAGCUCGUUAUGACAGCGAUGGUGAAAAGAGUGAUGACAACUUGGUUGUUGAUGUUUCCAAUGAGGAUCCUUCCUCUCCUCGGGGGAGCCCAGCACACUCUCCACGGGAGAAUGGCUUGGACAAGACUCGACUGCUGAAGAAAGAUGCACCAAUUAGUCCGGCGUCUAUUGCAUCCUCCAGCAGUACUCCUUCCUCCAAAUCCAAAGAACUUAGCCUUAAUGAGAAAUCUACCACUCCUGUGUCUAAAUCAAAUACCCCAACUCCACGGACUGAUGCCCCAACUCCCGGCAGCAACUCCACUCCCGGACUGAGGCCAGUGCCUGGCAAACCCCCAGGUGUGGACCCACUAGCUUCAGGUUUAAGGACACCUAUGGCAGUGCCAUGUCCUUAUCCUACUCCAUUUGGGAUUGUGCCACAUGCUGGUAUGAAUGGGGAGCUGACCAGCCCUGGAGCUGCCUACGCCGGUCUGCACAAUAUUUCCCCUCAAAUGAGUGCAGCAGCUGCAGCAGCAGCAGCAGCAGCUUAUGGGAGAUCUCCAGUGGUUGGUUUUGAUCCACAUCAUCACAUGCGAGUCCCAGGCAUUCCUCCCAAUCUCACAGGCAUCCCAGGAGGAAAACCAGCAUACUCAUUUCAUGUAAGUGCAGAUGGUCAGAUGCAGCCAGUUCCUUUCCCUCCUGAUGCCCUCAUUGGUCCAGGAAUCCCCCGCCAUGCCCGUCAGAUCAACACUCUGAACCAUGGGGAAGUUGUGUGUGCAGUUACCAUCAGCAACCCCACGAGACAUGUUUAUACAGGUGGGAAAGGGUGCGUCAAAGUCUGGGACAUCAGCCACCCUGGGAACAAGAGCCCUGUCUCCCAGCUGGACUGCCUGAACAGAGAUAACUACAUCCGUUCCUGCAGAUUGCUCCCCGACGGCCGCACCCUGAUUGUUGGUGGAGAAGCCAGCACAUUAUCCAUUUGGGAUCUGGCAGCUCCAACGCCUCGUAUCAAAGCAGAGCUGACAUCGUCUGCCCCGGCUUGUUAUGCCCUAGCUAUCAGCCCUGAUUCCAAGGUCUGCUUCUCUUGCUGUAGCGAUGGGAACAUUGCAGUGUGGGAUCUACAUAACCAGACUUUAGUAAGGCAAUUUCAGGGCCACACAGAUGGAGCGAGCUGUAUUGACAUUUCUAAUGAUGGCACCAAAUUGUGGACAGGGGGCUUGGACAAUACAGUCAGAUCCUGGGAUCUCAGAGAAGGAAGACAGUUACAGCAACAUGACUUCACAUCACAGAUCUUCUCACUGGGCUAUUGUCCCACUGGUGAGUGGUUGGCAGUAGGAAUGGAGAACAGUAAUGUUGAGGUGCUGCAUGUUACUAAGCCAGACAAGUAUCAGCUGCAUCUUCAUGAGAGUUGCGUGUUGUCACUCAAAUUUGCUCACUGUGGCAAAUGGUUUGUAAGCACUGGAAAGGAUAAUCUUCUUAAUGCCUGGAGGACACCUUAUGGAGCCAGUAUAUUCCAGUCCAAAGAAUCCUCAUCCGUGCUUAGCUGUGAUAUCUCUGUGGAUGACAAAUACAUUGUCACUGGCUCUGGAGACAAGAAAGCUACAGUCUACGAAGUUAUUUAUUAGAGACAAAUCCGAAUACAGACAGAACUCCUUCUCCUAGCACUUUGCUGUAUAUUCCGUUUUUUUUUUUUUUCUUUCUCAACUGAGAAUUUAAAUGCUCACCCAUCACAGUUGUGAAAUUUAUUUUUACCUUCUUAACUUGCUGUUGAUUUGUGAAUGCUCAUUAAGAACUUGUGAUACCAAAUUGUCAGAUAUCUAUUUGGAAGAAGAUGGAAUAAGCAUACUUAACAGUGAACCUGACUCUUUAAUUAUGUAUUAUAACUGUAAUGUAUUUAUUUUCUUUAAAAAGGCUUUCUAACAAUAAACUGAAUAAAUAAAGCUGUCUGGCCCGGCUUUAAUUUGAAAGGUGCGUUGUAUACUUUGUGAUUUUGCAGGUGAAUAAAUUGGGGAUCUUGGAGAAGGAUGUUCAGGAGAUAGUUAAAAUUACACUAAAUAAGACUUGCAGUUUCUAUUUAAAAAAUAAACUUUGUUAUAUUUUUUAGUCCUGUUCUUGGA